AUGCCGCCCGUCACAAUCCCCCAAUUCCUCCUCCCCCGGGGCGCUCCCUCCCCGCUCAGCCUCCGCGCCUUGAGCCGGCGAACCACCUACCGCAUCACCAGCAGCACCACCCAGCGAUGCGCCUCCGAUGACAGCAAACCCCGCGUGCUGUCCAAGCCCGACAAGUUCCGUCCUCCAUCUCACCCCGCGCGCCGGGUCGUCCAAACCCGCAAUGGAAAGGUUGUCAACAGCGGCCCCAUCAACUACCCGGGGCCGAAGCUCAGCGAGAAGGAAAAGGAAGAGCAGAAGCACAGGCAGUACCCGAACAUGUUUCCGCCUGAGGGGACCGUCAUGCACAAGUUCCUGACGAAUCGGUGGAUUCACAUUUGGAUUGCGAUGGGUGUACUGACCUCCCUGGCUACUUUCACAUUUACUACGAACUUCAAGCACUCGUCGCCGUUCGCUCAUCUGCUGCCGCCGUGGUCGGCGCUGCUGUCGCACCCCAUUGAUACGGUUCGGCAGGCCAUCUCAGUGUUCCGGAUGCAUGUGCAGCACAACUCGAUCGAGACGAGGGAGAAGCGUCGCAGACGGGUGGACGAUGCUGAGAAGAGACGGCAGUAUCGGGUUGCCCAUGGGUUGGAGGAGCCUAAUGAGAAGGAUGCUGCUGGUGCUGAUGGAAAGGGGGAGGUGGCUGUGGAUGACCAGUCUCCUGUGGCUAAGGAGCAACAGGGUGAGGAUGAUAAGAAUGUGUAUGUUGAUUGGGAGGGUAACAAGCGGCCUGUUAAGAAGUGGUUGGGCAUUUGGUGA